CAAUAUAGAACAAAAGAGGCAGACAAGAGCUUUGCAAGCACUAUGGAGCUAUAGAGUUUGGGGCAAGAAUAUAAUGGAUUAAUAUGAGAUUUUGAACAACACUGUGAAGAUUCCUCCAAAGAGGAAAUCAGAAUUCAGUGUUUCAAAGUAUUUGGAGACUGCUACAGGAUUGGAUGCAAGCAUGCACUUCCUCAUCAUGGAGAAGCUAGGGAGAAUUCACCUAAACAGGCAAGUAAUGACGGUUAUUUUUAUGAUGGUUUUGGUUCAGGUUUGCAGUGAGCCAACAAUUCGAUACUCUAUCUUAGAUGAAUCAGAAAGUGGCUCCUUUGUAGCCCAUUUGACCAAGGAUCUGGGACUGGGAGCUGGGGAGCUGGCUAGCAGGUCUGCACGGGUGGUGUCUGAUGAUUACAAGCAGAGAUUGCUGCUGGAUCCUGAGACUGGAGAUUUGCUUCUGAGGGAGAAAGUAGACCGGGAGGAGCUGUGUAGCUCUGUGGAUCCUUGUGUGCUGAGUUUCCAGGUGUCUCUUGAAAAGCCAGUGCAAUAUUUUCAAGGAGAAUUAUUGAUCCAGGACAUAAACGAUCAUGCUCCAGAAUUCCCAGAUCAAGAACUGCUCUUGAAAAUACCAGAAAACAGCCAGCCAGGCAUGCGAUUUUCACUGAAAUUAGCCCAGGAUUUGGAUGUGGGCAGCAAUGGGCUUCAACAAUACACAGUCAGCCCCAACUCUCAUUUUCAUGUCCUCACUCGAAAUAAUAGUAAAGGCAAAAAAUACCCAGAGUUGGUGCAGGACAGAGCCCUGGACAGAGAGGAGCAGGCAGAGCUGAGCUUAACCCUCACAGCUCUGGAUGGAGGGUCUCCACCAAGGACAGGAACAGCUCUGAUUCGAAUCCUUAUCAUGGACAUCAAUGACAAUGCUCCUGAGUUUGUGAACAGCCCCUAUGAGGUGCAGAUCCUAGAGAGCAGUCCCCCAGACUCCCCAAUCCUGACUGUCUUAGCACGGGAUGCAGAUGCUGGCAACUUUGGGAGAGUAUCCUAUGGCUUCUUCCAAGCAUCAGAUGAAAUCCAACAAACAUUCUCAAUAAAUGCAACCACUGGAGACAUGCGAUUGAAAAAGAAAUUGGAUUUUGAAAAAAUUAAAUUUUACCAUUUGGAAAUCGAGGCCAUAGAUGGAGGUGGGCUUUCUGGAAAAGGCUCUGUAACGAUAGAGGUUGUGGAUGUGAAUGAUAAUGUCCCAGAGCUGACCAUGUCUUCACUGACCAGCUCAGUCCCAGAAAACGCUCCUGAGACGAUCAUAAGCAUCUUCAGAGUUGGAGACAGGGAUUCCGGAGAGAAUGGAAAGGUGGUUUGUUCUAUUCCAGAAAACAUGCCAUUCAUUCUAAAAUCCACCUUCAAGAACUUCUACACUCUGGUGACAGAGAUCCCUCUGGAUAGAGAAAGCAGAGCUCAGUACAAUAUCACCAUCAUGGUCUCUGACAUGGGCACACCCAGGCUCACAACAUGGCACACCAUAACGGUCCAGGUGACCGACAUCAACGACAACACCCCCACCUUCACCCAAACAUCCUACACCAUGUUUGUUCGCGAAAACAAUAGCCCCGCCCUGCACAUAGGCACCAUCAGUGCUACAGACUCAGACUCAGGCUCCAAUGCCCACAUCACCUAUUCACUGCUGCUGCCCCAUGAUCCGGAACUGGCCCUCUCUUCGUUAAUCUCCAUUAACGCUGACAAUGGGCAACUGUUUGCACUCAGGGCGCUGGACUAUGAGGCCCUGCAGGUCUUCGAGUUCCACGUGGGCGCCACAGAUGGAGGCUCACCUGCGCUCAGCAGCCAGGCUCUGGUGCGCGUGGUGGUGCUGGAUGACAAUGACAAUGUGCCCUUCGUGCUCUACCCGCUGCAGAAUGCCUCUGCUCCCUGCACUGAGCUGCUGCCUAGAGCUGCGGAGCCAGGCUACCUGGUCACCAAGGUGGUGGCAGUGGACCGCGACUCUGGCCAGAAUGCCUGGCUAUCCUUCCAGUUGCUCAAGGCCACGGAACCGGGGCUGUUCAGCGUGUGGGCGCACAAUGGAGAGGUGCGCACCACCAGGUUGUUGAGUGAGCGUGAUGUGCCCAAGCACAGGCUGCUGCUGGUGGUCAAGGACAAUGGAGAUCCUCAGCGCUCUGCCAGUGUCACUCUACAGGUGCUGCUGGUAGAUGGCUUCUCACAACCCUACCUACCUCUUCCAGAGGUAGCUCAGGAUGCUGCUCAUGAAGAUGAGGAUGUGCUUACAUUGUACCUGGUCAUUGCCUUGGCCUCUGUGUCUUCUCUCUUCCUCCUGUCUGUGCUGCUGUUUGUGGGGGUGAGGCUGUGCAGGAGGGCUAGAGAGGUCUCUCUGGGUGGCUGCUCUAUGCCUGGUGAACACUUUCCUGGCCACUUGGUGGAUGUCAGUGGAGCAGGGACCCUGUCCCAAAGCUACCAGUAUGAGGUGUGUCUGAGGGGCGACUCUGGGACUGGUGAGUUCAAGUUCCUGAAACCCAUGAUUCCCAAUGCUGGGAUAGAAAUUAUGGAAAGUCCCCACUGCAGGGAUAGCUUUGUAUUCAACUAAGUAAUGAAUCUUAAGAAUUAAUACACUUUAUAUAGGUAAGUGUAAUAUUAACUAGCUUUAGAAGAAACUACCUUGUGCAUGUCUCCAACAGGUCUUGUUUUUCCUAUUCAUAUUACAUUGUCAUUAUCCCACACAUUAAAUAUGGGUUUUCUACAUAUUCAGUGUCUUUGGUGACUAAUAAUCUCAGACUGCAAGUAACUCAAGUAGCAUAGAAUUUCCUCAAAUGAUUUAAUGCUCAUAAGAAAAUUUGAAUUUCUGUAUAAUUAUGACACCUGUUCUAACUAUAUCUUUUAUAUUUUUAAGAUCAGAAUGCUUAGAAUUUUAUUUGGUCUUAGAAUACUUAUUUUUUCCCAAAUCAUUUCAAGAUUCACUUCAUUAGAACACUCAAUUGUGACACUUGUCAUGAGCAUCAUAAAUGUUUGUCAUUCCUUUCAUGAAAUAAAGUUGUUAAUCCAU